CGUACGUCAAACAGUCUGUGCAAACUCUCCGUCCGUUGGUAAAAAUCUUGUACGGACUUGAAAAGAACAGACUUCCUGCUCCGGCGUUUGCCGUUUGCGAUACGUGGCGACGUGCGUACGUGGCGCUGUGGUAGCAACAUCAUGCCGCUGUGAAGUGGCGAGCCGAUCGGGGUGCGUACGGGUCGCGAGAAGCAUAUGUCACUUUUAUGAUUACACGGUGAAAUUCGAGCGAAGAAAAUGAGUUGGCUCAGCUCGUGCGUGUUCCUCGUCGUUUCUGUCGCCAGCGUGCGCGCCUACUUCAUCACCGUGGACGCCCACGCCGAGGAAUGCUUCUUCGAUAAGGUCGAAUUUGGCACCAAGAUGGGCCUCACGUUUGAAAUAGCGGAGGGCGGGUUCCUGGAUAUAGACGUCAAGAUCGUCGGACCCGACGGUAGAAUGAUCUACCAGGGCGAGCAGGAGAGCAGCGGCAAGUACACGUUCGCCGCGCACACCACGGGCGUUUACACCUACUGCUUCAGCAAUCAGAAGAGCACGAUGACGCCGAAGGUGGUCAUGUUCAAUAUGGACAUCGGCGAGAAUCCGAAGCAGGCCGAGGAGAACGCCGGCGCGGAGGGCCAGGACGGCGAUGGCAAUCACGGCAAGCUGGACGACAUGAUUAAAGACCUGAGCACCAGCCUGUGGGGCGUGAAGAACGAGCAGGAGUACAUGCAGGUCCGCGAUCGCAAUCACAGGGCGAUCAACGAGAGUACAAACUUCCGCGUCGUGGUGUGGGCGUUCUUCGAGGCCAUGGUGCUCGUCUGCGUGACGAUAGGGCAGAUCUUUUACUUGAAGCGAUUCUUCGAGGUUCGGAGAAUCGUGUAACUUAGGGACAACUAAUGAUACACUACGUGAAUCAAUUGUACAUUUUUCUAUGUAAUUAAAUUAUAUAUCUCAUUCACGAUAAGCCGUCGCCGCGGCAAACUGCGCUCACCACUUCGUCGAGGUUCGAAACUGUGCAUCGCUAGCAUUAAGGUAUUUCCUACAUCUGUGUAUAGUUUCUAACGAGCGAGUCGGCUUGUAACUGAGCGAGAGACCGGGGCGAGGACUCGACGUUGGGAAACGUCGAGAAGAGGUGAAACAUGUCUGUAAUAACGAGGGGAAAACAAAAAAUACACACGCAUCUUUCUGUAA